AUGGGUGUAUCAGGAUUGUUGCCGAUUCUCAAGUCCAUCCAGAGGCCAACAGAACUGAAGAAGUUCAAGGGAGAGACGCUGGCUGUUGACGGCUAUGGAUGGCUGCACCGCGCUGCCUAUUCAUGUGCCCCCGAGCUGGCCCAGGGCAAGCCUACGAAAAAGUUUAUCAAUGCGGCUCUGCACCGAGUUAGGAUGUUAAAGCACUUCGGCGUCACCCCUUACAUGGUAUUUGAUGGCGAUUAUCUCCCUAGCAAGGCUGCUACCGAAGAAUCUCGUGCCAAAAAGCGAGAAGAAAAACUCAAGAUUGCCAAUGAAUACCUAAAGGCUGGGAAAUCCUCUCAAGCGGUGCAAGAGUUUCAAAAAUGCAUCGAUAUUACGCCGGAGAUGGCGUCCGCCCUGAUCCAAGAGUUGAAGAAGAUGGAUAUCCCAUAUGUCGUGGCCCCCUACGAAGCCGAUGCUCAACUCGUCUAUCUCGAACGCAUUGGCUUAGUCGGAGGCAUCCUUUCAGACGACUCAGAUCUGCUGGUCUUUGGUGCCAAGCGGCUGCUUACCAAGCUGGACCAAUACGGAAACUGUAUCGAGAUCAACCGACGAGAUUUCUGUGCCUGUCGUGAAAUCUCUCUGACCGGCUGGAGUGACACUGAGUUUCGACGAAUGGCCAUCAUGAGCGGCUGCGAUUAUCUCAACGGUCUACCCGGAGUAGGACUGAAAACAGCGUACCGGCUACUACGAAAGUCCAAAUCUCCCGAGCGGAUUGUUCGCAUGCUGCAAUUCGACGGGAAGCGCAUAUCAGAGAAUUAUCUGACCUUGUUCUACCAAGCGGAGCUCACGUUUUUACAUCAAUGGGUGUUUUGCCCCACGAAGAAGGAACUCGUCCAUCUCACAGAGCUAGAUGCGAACCGUACGGCAGAGGAAAUGCCUUUUAUCGGAUCUUACGUUGAACCAGAGAUGGCUCGCAAAAUCGCAAAUGGCGACGUAAAUCCCAUCACAAAACUCCCAAUUGCCUUACCUAUCUCGCCGUCUAAAAGGCGGCACUCUCAGCUCGCUACACCUACCGAAACCCGUCCACAAUCCAAGCCCAUCAAUUCAUAUUUCAAAGGCCAUUAUCGGAUACCCAUGGCCGAGAUGGAUGCGAACUGCUUCUCCGUCGAUCCUCAACGAAUUUCACAAAUUACUGCCGAAGGAGCUGCUCCACGCGUGUUUCCAUUACCGAGACCUUAUAUACCAGGGUCACAGCAGUCAGGAGAGUCAGGGGAAGACAGUGCAAAUUCUCAUCAGUCAACACAAGCUGCUCCACGAACUUCACCCCGUUUGAAUCGACGACGAACAGAGCCGAUCGCAAAUCUAUUAGCUAGUGUUUCAAACAGUCAGCCUCCCCAGGCAGAAACUUCAACCAGACCUCCGAAGAAGGCCCGCCUGUGCGACGAUUCGUUUGACGUUGAGGCAGAUGGCUCACCAAAAAAGAGUCGGUUUUUCCCUGUUCAGAAGAAUAAGGUGGCCAAAAAGGAUCCACGGAAGACAAAGAGCGAAGCAUACUUGCUUUCAGAAGAUUCCCUAGAUGAAGCCCUAAAUAAUCUACCUGACAUUGAAGGGUGGGCGUCUGGGGCUCUAUCGAAGAAAGGUGUAUCAAUCUUUGCCGAUAAACCAAAGGAGCCGCCUCCGAGCGAGCCUGAAAGUACCGGUCAAGACUUGACGCAGACGGAUGCAACACCGCCAGAUGAUGUCCAACAGGAGGCUAGCCAACAGAAAACCAGCCAGCAGGAGACUAGCCAAGUUUCGAAUGCAAGUCAAGACACAGGACUCACUUCCCUAGAAGCCAGCCAACAGAACCCUAUUGACACACCCGAGUCUUCGGUCGAUGACUUUGCGCCUCCCCCAAAAGCGCCUGUCUCGACAUCUGAAAUCAUCCGUACCCCUCCUCGUCCAAGUUUAACUCGCUUUGCCUACUCUUCCAAAUCUUCGGCUACACCAGCUUCAAGAUCCUCACAAUACUCAUCUGUAUUCAGUCCCGCCUCUACUGCCUCCACUGCACCAUCCACAGCCCGGGCAAGACAGACGCCCCUUCAGCGCAUGGGAGCAUGGGCAUUGAAGGGCCCGGCAUCAUCUCCAAGUCUCCCCGCGCCACGAAAGGAUGUUGACAAAGGCUUUGGUGCUAAAGGGCUGAUCAACCCUGCACUUGUCCCUCUUCCCAAGGUGGACUUGGAUGAGAUGGAGGCAUUGAAUAAGUCAUGCGGAAGCGAAGACCAGAUCAUCCCCGAUAGCGACGGAGAGGAAGAGGAUGAGGACGAGGAGGCCAGACUCCCAACCAAAAAGCUCAAUCUCGCUCGCUUCGUCUAUUCUUAA